AACGGGUUUGGCAAUACGCUCUUCAAGUUGUGAUUUUGAUUCUACUCUCAAUUGUCAUCCAGAAGGUGGAGAGCCGGUUUACCCUGCCUAUCCAAAAUGUCGAGGGGUAUAGGCCUCCACCGAAGACCCCUCCGGUGACGGGGCCAUGACAAAAGUGUGUUCUCCCAUUCUCUUCUAAACAAUUAUAUUCUGUUUGAAUCGAAUUGGAUCAAGGGAUUUCUUUCUUUCUAUGCCUCGGAAGACGUGGUUUUCUUUGUCAUGAUCAGAGCACGCUUGCUAUCCUAUGCUCGAUCGAGCUCAGUGCGUGGGCUUGAUCCAGAGCUGCAACGAUCUCUCCAGAGCCCGGGAGCUCCACGCUGCAUUCCUGGAGCUCACCACGGCCGCCGCCACUGACACAUUCGUGCCCAACAAGAUCUUCGAGAUGUAUGGGCGCAAGGCGCGAGCAAUCUUCGACGCCAUGCCCUGCAAGGAUGCCUUCUCGUGGGUGCUGAUGAUGCGCGCCUACGCUCGGCACGGGGAUCUCGAUGGCACGCAAGCCGUGUUUGUGUCGAUGCCCUGCAAGAAUCUUGUGUCGUGGACAGCCAUGGGGUGCGCGCUUGCCGAGAGGGGGCGAAUCGAGGAUGCGGAGGAGCUCUUCUUGCGAAUGCCCGAGAGGGAUUCCAUCGCCUGGAACGCGGCAUUUGCCCGGGCAGGGCAUGCCGCGAAGGCCGAGGAGAUCUUCCACGAGAUGCCGGAGAGAGAUCUGGCAUCCUGGAAUGCUCUGUUCGCGGCAUACACCCACGAAGGCGAAAACUCUUCUGGAUCGAAUGCCCUCCUGGAACCCAAUCGCUUGGACUGCCGUGAUGCGCGCGCGCGCCCAGUCCGGGGAUUUGCGUGGCGCUCGGCUGAUGUUUGACGAGAUGCCCGAGAGGGAUUUGAUCUCGCGUAACUGCAUGAUAUCUGCUUAUGCCGAGGGUGGCGGUUUCGAUCAAGCGAAGCUACUGUUUGAUGAUAUGCUCGAGUGGGACGUUGUGUCUUUCACUGCGAUGAUUGGAGCAUACACACAAGGCCACUUAGUAGAUCAAGCAAAAGCGUUUUUGGAUAGCAUACCCCAGAAAAACACCGUGUCUCUUCUCCAUGCUUAUGCCCAAGCGGGGCAUCUAGCAGAGGCGUGUCACGUGUUCGAAUCCAUUCCAGAGAAAAACCUCACGUCGUGGACCACGAUGAUCGCAGCGUGUUGCACCAACGGCCACGCGGCAGCGGAUCUCUACCGUCGGAUGCCGUUGUGUCGUCGGCGACAGUGAUCGUGGCGGCAGGGGACCACGCAACCGCGCGCGGAUAUUCCGCGCGAUGCGGCCACAUGGUGACGUGGAAUGCCAUGCUGGCAGAGUUCGCGGACAUCGGCCACGUGGAGGGCGUCAAGUGACAGUCGGGACAUGGUGACGUGCGCGACGAUGCUGGCCAUGAAACCACAGCCAAGCUGAUAACUCGGGCGAUGAUGCUGCUCGCCACAAACCCGACUUGGCAAGAGCGUGCUCAAGCAGAGGUACUGGAAGUUUGCAAGUCCGGCGUCCCGGAUUCAGAAGCAGCCAGCAAGCUGACGAUAGUGAGCAAAAUCUUGCUUUUCUCCUCUCAUUCUCACUGUUCUCGUUUCCAGGUGGGAAUGGUGCUCAACGAGAUGCUGCGGCUGUAUCCACCGGCCGUGUUCUUGGUCCGCACGGCCAUGGAGGACACGAAGCUGGGAAACUUGAGGGAACCGGCGUUCUCGUGCCGAUACUCUCUAUCCUUCACGACAAGGAGUGUGGGGUGAAGAUGCCAACGAGUUCAAUCCACAGCGCUUCGCUGACGGUGUGCUCCUCGAUCUACAUCUCUGUGCGAGCGGCAAGAUCCGAGGAGGCAUAGCCACUCCCUGGGCUCGGGCACAAAAGGCAUGUUGGCGAUCAGGUCCUCCGCGUCCUCCAAGUAGCCACCCCUCGCCAGAAGAUCGACGAUACAGCAGUAGUGCUGCCUCUGGAACUGCAAGCCAUAGUCCAUUCCCAUGGAAACGAAGAAAGAUCUCCCGGCAUGUACCUUGCCUUCGUGCUUGCACGCUAUGAGCAUUGUAACGAAGCUCGUCCCGUCGGGGAGACGGCACAGCCGGAGCCUGCUAGACGCAUCGAAGGCCUUCGCCAUGUAGCCGUUGUGGCACAUGCCAAUAUCCAGGCAUUCCAAGACGUGAGGUUCUCUUCUGGAAGGCGAGCAAGCAUCUUUUCAGUGCAUGGAACGUUCCCUGUGCUGGCAUGCGCAAAGAGAAGGGAGUUCCAAGAUAUGACAUCCCGUUGAGGGAUCUGCUGGAAAAGGUGGCGUGACAUGUCAGCGUAUCCUAGCUGGGCAUAUGCUACAAGCAUGGCAUUCCAUGCCAGCAGAUUCCUCUCUGGCAUAUUUUCAAACAUGCUCUUAGAUUCUUCAAUAUGUCCAUACUGGGCAUACGCUGUGAUAAUUGUGAAACCAGAUUCCUUCGCAACAUCGACUCAAACAAGCGUUAGUAUCUUCCAGAUGCCACGAACUGGCAUAUGCGGACAACAUAGCACCACACGCCACAACAUCCCACCGGUAUUCUAGUAAAGAUCCGCUCAGCUUCUUCUAGAUUCCCCAGCAUCCGCGUAUGCUGCUAGCACACAAGUAAACGAAGUGACGGCAUGGUAGAGAAUAUCCCAAUAGGAAAUAUCAGCGUUUUGAGCAUAUGCUGCAAUAAGGGCAUUGUAAGAUACCAAGUCCCACUUGGGCAUGUUGUCGAAUACUUGUUUCGCCAUCACCACGUCGCCACUAGACUAAACUGCCAACAGGAACGAGUUACAAGAGAAGAGGUUGGAUUUUGGCAUCACAUGAAAGAUUCCAAUGGCCAAGUCAAUAUGCCCGUGUUGGGAAUAUGCCAAGAGCAUCGAAGUCCACGAAUGCUCGGCCAGGUUAGUUUUAUGCUAAGAAGAGCUGUCCGCGAGACCAAGUUCGUGAGGGGCAUCUGGAAACAGAUGCUCUCGGCUUCAAGUAUUUGCCCAUGGAUGGUAUAAGCAGAAAACAUGGAGCUCCAGCAAAUGAGGUCCCUCUCAGGCAUCCAUUAAGUGGAAAAGAUUCCAAGCUUCUACCAACUUCUUGUUUCGUGCAUGACAAACAAGCAUUGAAGUCCAGGAAACUAGAUUCCACAGCGGCAUUGCAGUUUCAUCCAUUGCCGCAUCCAUGCCAGGGACCAUCGCCCAUCCGCAUGUUUUGCGAGACUAUCAGCAGUACCUCCAUCCCAGGGAAAUUUCCUCGCGGAAGAAGAGGAUUUCUUCUUGUCAUCGCUGAGAAUGGGAGCCCUGGAAGCUGCUGGAUGAACUCCAGUUUGACCUCAUUCGAUCAAGACGAAAAUUUUGACUAAAAGUAUUAAAGUCAGAGUGAAACACAACUUUUGUAGAUCGCGAGACUUUCAGUGCCUCUUCUGUAUAUAUAUUUUGAUCAUACAAGAAAAAGUAAUGCAGGAAGACGAUGCAAUGGGUUUGGCGAUAUGCUCUUGUUGUGAUUUUCAUUGUAUUAUCAAUUGGCAUCCAGACGAUCGAGAGCCAGAGAGUCGGACCGCCUGGCCGAUCUGAUCAGGAUUUUAGGCCCCUAAGGAGGUCCCCUCCCGAGAUGAUGCCAUGACAAUAAUGAC